AAACGUCUGCAGCAUUUUCAGGCUAAUGACACCAGGAAAAACACUCUCGCUCCCGAUCAGCUUUUCCAGUGCAACGAGGCCUGCAGCCUAAUCUCCUCGCCUACCUGCCAAGGCGUAACAUCGUGCCAUAAAAACCAGGCACUUCCCAGGGCCCAGACUAGUCAUCAUUCGCAUUACAUCCGACACAGACCGAAAGACAAGCACGCGAUCUUCAAAAUGCCACAAUCAGGCUGGGAUUAUAUCAUCAUCACUGUCGCAGUUCUGAUCUGUUUCCCAGAUCUGGCCAAGACAGCCAGCUAUCAGCUGCAAUCCUUCGACUCGGAUAUGGAUAAUAGUGGGGUAGCAAACUCCACGGAGUCUGAGUUCAAUGGCGGGUUAACUUCCCUGGAAAGACCACUUUCUUGGUUGCGAAAUGCGAAUAGCAUGUUUGGCGGUCCCGCUGGCCAUGUGGUCAUCCAGGUGGCCAAGGAGCUGCUGCAUCGCUCCGCCGGAAAUAGUCAAGUCCUUAGUUUGAACCUCACCAAUCUGCUGGUCAUCAUACUGCUGAAGGUGCUAAUCUUCUCAGCUGGAAUGCUGGGAGCAGGACACUGGAGUAGCUAUGGCUAUGGUCAUGGUCGCUCCGCUGGGCGUAGUGAAAGCAACUUUGGCCUGGGCUUGACUUCUGGCGAUGACUAUCUGAUAACCGGAUUCCUGGCCGCCCAGGGAGCCGGCAGGGAUGAGUGUCUCUACGCUGCAUCCUGUGCCUGCCCCACAGCAGCCUAUGAGUACGCGAAGGCAGGACGUGCUCUUUUGGGAGCAAUUGAAGUUUUCAAUGGUGUGCCGUUGGAGAAACCGCGCUACAACGAUCUCAUUGUUCUGAUGGAGCGUGCCGCCUACGAUGGCUUUCGAGGAGUGGCGUGCAACACCACCCAGACUUGUGACGGACUGCUCUGAAG